AUGGUAAAUUUGAUUGACUCAUUGCCCUCAUUCCUUACGGGCCUGACGUUGGCUUUAGCAACGUUCCGGUCUGCUACUGCGGUAUCAACGAGUAUGUAACAGAAAAAGGAACUGUAAUGAUACGAUCAAAUAACACGUCAAUAGCGAAUACGUUCAAAAACACGACCCUCCACACAAUUACUUCAUCAAUACCAUCCUCGAUAAACCUGGCCGCGACGGUGACUCAAAAUUGUUGUUUUCUUGUCCAAGACACAGUCCAUGGGGCAUGGUGGGAACAAUACAGGACCCUAACUUCCAUUAAAAAUGUGAAUUUCACAUCAUAUACGUAUUAUGUCACCCCCUACUCAAAUUCAACGAUCACCAAUGCAAACGCCCGAGUGUUUGCAAACAAUUCUACAUUCUACCUUACUGAGACCAGGGGUAGAGACCCUAUGUCUACGUAUGUCAAUCCAAACCCAGGUCCGUAUUAUGAAGGGAAAAAGUUGGUACCCACUGGCAAUAUCACCCAGACUGUAGUUGGUAGGCAGACGAUGUAAGUUCCUUGUAAUCGCAGAAGCUACAAGGGCUUUUUAUUUUGUGGUUCUUCCGCUAACAAAUGAAGAAACUCGCCGGCUGCAUUUUACAUAUAUUCCACCGUAAAGGUAAUAACAGCAGCUCCUGUUACAGAUUCUCUUGGAUCAUUUGUAUGUGGGACACAAGGGGUAGUCACAAACGCGUGGGUGACUGAUGCAGAUGCGUUUCGAACAAUUGACAACGAAAACUCCAAUGCACAAUCUUAUUGGGGAACUUCCAAAAUCCCAGACGUGAAAUAUCCAACAACUACAUUUACUUCAAUCCUCACUACAACUUACCUGGAUUACCAGUCGAGCUUCCCGGUCACAGAAACUUAUACUUGGGAAAUCGAGUCCUACUCUACUUCACAUGCUCCAUUUCCAAUGGCGGGGGUAACCCUCACAUUCGAAAAGCCAUUUGUGUACACUCCUUCGUGGGCUGCGUCUGGAGCUACUGGUAUUGGGUGGGGAGAUUGCGAUGGGCAAGAUAAAGGUACCGUUCACUAUGGUCAUCUUCCCUCCACAUUAAAGGAUUGCAUGGUGGGAGUUCCACAUAUCGUCAGUCAAUAUCCAAACCUUGCCUCGUGCUUGAUCGCUGGGCCAAAAAUUGCCACUCAAACUGUUUGCUCAGGCGCCGCGCCAGAAUCUCAGAAAGCAAUUGGUGGUGAUCUUACUGCUUCAACCACUAUCACGGUCAAUCCUACACCUGAUCCUGCUGCGUCUCAGGGUUCCGCCGCUCAACCUUUUUCUACUCACAAUCCCCCGAACCCGGCUCCAGCAUCACCAGUUAUUUCUAUCAUACCCCAGUCAACGCCGCAAGAGCAAACUCAGGCUCCAGCAACGUCUUUUCUAGCUCCAGCUCAUCCACCUACCCCCACCGACUUUAUUCCGUUACCAAUUAUCUCAAAGCCAUCACAGGGAGAGCAAUAUGUCUCUUCUGGUGGUCAACCUUUUGUGACUACAGCCUUUUACACUGUUUCUUAUAACCCAGAGUCCUCGGUGGAUGGCUCAACUAUCAUGAUCGAUGGGCAAACGAGAAUAGUUGUAGCUCAAACUGUCGCAGCACCAUUGGAAAUUAUUGGGCGCACGACCUGGAUUUCAGGUACCCUGAACGUCAUUCUACCAGCUUCCAAAACUCUACUUGUCGAUCCAAAGAUCCUUCCAACAACCGUCCAAGCACAAACAAUGGUCAGCGAUAGUAAAACCUACAUCGUUCUUUCGACUCCAGUCACUAUCCCUAUUCCCAACGUGACACCCCAGGAUCAGGCAGCCCAGAUUCUCAAAAGCAUAAUAUUUAUCUCGGGGACCCCGAAUAUAGUGAUUCCCGCCUCUCGGAAUAUCAUUUAUAAUCCUAUGCUGUUACCAACGGGCUCCGAGGCCAAAACUAUCAUCAGUGGAGGCCAGGCCUACAUGUUCUUUGAGACACCAGUCACCAUGCCUAUCCCGUCCUUCUCUCACAGCACUAACGUGAUAUCUGGAACUCUGAACGCGAUAAUACCCGCCUCCCAAACCAUUCUCUUUGACCCAUCCUUGCUCCCAACAGGAGUUUCAGGAAGCACACUCGUUAGUGGAAGUAGCACCUACAUCAUCCUUGAUACGCCUGUCACAGUCCCCAUUGUACAUUCGAGUCCCUUCUCAAUAUACGACAUUGUAUCGAAAUUCUCGUUUGAUGUAACUCUUCCUUCUCGAACGACUUCCAUUGUAUCUCCGACCGGAUCGCCGACUAUUAUUCGGGCUGCUACUCCAGCCGCCACAGCGAGCCAGAAAUCUAAAGCCAGAAGGGUAGAGAAGAAUUCUUUUGGGUUCUUUGGGACUUUGGGUGCUGUAUUGCUUUUGAUUGCUUUUUGA